GGUGCACCGCGGCGCUACUGGGUGUGUUGCAAGCGAGGGGGUGCGACGCCAUUUCUUACCGCCGUGCUCGGCUCCCACAGAUCCUCUGGGGAAGCCACUGAACCCCAACGACGGAGAGGCUGCGACGAGUUCCACGCUUCACUUGUUGCUCAAGGACCAAGACCCAAGAUUGUUGGACUUUGUCAGCCGCUGCCUCCAGUAAGAAACCCCUCUCCCUCCCAUCAAGGAUUCCCGCAUUAGUCACUGUCCCCCAAGCGAUUGGCAAUCGCUCGGUCGUUCCCGGCCCUGACGCCUGCACAUUUACAGUUCAUCUCUCCCGGUGGUGGUCGCACGGAUUAUUUUUUAUUUUUGCAGUUUUUCCGUUUACAUUCCGAAACAGAUUUUUUGGUUUUUGGUUACUAUAAGCAUGUGAUGGGCCACUUUUGUGAGCUGUCAUCAUGUGUGGGCAGGUCGCCCACACUCAGUAGUGCGUUUUACCUGGUUAAAAAAGAGAAAUCGACUAUUUUAAUUGAGCAAUUUGAAGUGUAAUCUUCGAUGUUUUUGGCAAAGUUGGAUCAUUAUGCCGACACACAAAGGCAUCAACUCUUAUAUCAUCGCUCUCAUCGUGUUCACCACGUGUGUGUCCUUGUGUUCCAACAGAUGGGACCCGAAUCACCGAAUGACAUCUGUCAAGGCGCUGCUUCAUAGCUGGCUCCAGAGUACAGGGACACGUGAGCCCAGUCAACAAGGCCCAGCAACAACAACAGCCACGACCACCACCACCACCACCUCUCCCGACAGUGUCCAGGGCUCAAUCGCUCUGGCCUCGAGAAAAGAUGACGCAAACUCUGGAGCCACUGAACGACGACCGGACCCGGUGCAGCCGUCCUCGCGCACCCAGGCCUCUGUAGAGAAGACAGAGGUUGUGGACAAGGACGUGCUGAAGGAGUUGAAGGAGGAGACGAUGGAGAUGGAGGUGUUGGACAAGGAGAGGUUGGAGGUGGAGCAGAAGAUCGGGGAGGAGAAUGUGGAGAUGGUGGAGUACGACGUGAAGACGAAGGAGGAGGUGGUGGUGGUGGAGGAGGAGGAUGAUGAAGACAAUAAGACACUUGUUCUGGAGGAAGAGGAUGAUGAGGACGAGAACACAUUGGUUCUGGAGGAGGAGGAGACCUUGAUGGCAAAGAAUGAGAAGACGAUGGUGAAGAAUGAGGAGAAGAUGAAAGAGGAGAUGGUGGAGGAAGAGAAGGAAGAGGAUAUCGUGUUGGAGAAGGACAAGGAGGAGAUGGAGGAGAUGAUGGUCGUCGCGGAGGGAGAAAAGAAGAAGAAGAAGAAGCGGUCUCGAAUGGCUCGUGCGGGAAGAGCGAUCCGCUCAUUCUUAUGCCGCGUGCUGCUCUGCAGAGGCAGGGCCACUACAGAAUAG